AUGCGACAGGCCGAAUCCAGAGCAAUCCAGGAUCCGAGCGUCGCUGCUUCGACAGCUGGUCAUUUUCUCUGGAACGCUGGCCGUACGAUUGCCCUGUACUUUGAAUCAAACCCGCACCUUGUCAAGUCCAAAACUGUUCUGGAGCUAGGUGCUGGUGCCGGACUUCCUUCUCUGAUCUCAGCACAUCUCUCCGCGAAACGCGUUGUUGUCACCGACUAUCCUGAUGCUGAUCUCAUUACCAACCUUUCCUACAACAUUGACUCAUGUGCCCCGUCACUAUCCAUCGUUGCCAAAGGGUUCCUCUGGGGUGCUGAUACAUCAAAUUUGAUCGAGGAGGUGAAGCCGGAUGAGGCUUUUGAUGUCUUGAUUCUGGCUGAUCUGUUAUUCAAUCACUCCGAGCAUACAAAGCUUGUCCAGACUGUCACCAAGUCUUUGAAGAAAGACGGCACCGCGCUUGUAUUUNUUACCCCGUACAGACCAUGGCUUUUGGAGAAAGAUCUGGCUUUCUUUGAUCUGGCGAAGGAGAACGGAUUGAGUGUCAAUAAGGUUUUGGAGAAGGUCAUGGAUAAGGUCAUGUUCGAAGAAGACCCUGGCGUACNNGACGAACUUCUCCGUCGUACCGUCUUUGGUUACGAGCUGAGGUGGGCUUAG